GGAAGCAAUCUAUGUUGGAUGGUUGCUUAUCUUUGGUACUGACAGUGACAGAAACGGUAUAAUCAACUAAUGGCGUAUUGGUGCAUGACACCACUGUACAGAUAUGAUGUGCGUGCUAGUAAACGUUAGAGACCUACCAACCUUAGCUUCGGGGUUGGAUUCCAGGCCACGGAUGGGAUGGACAUGGCCAAGACCAAGGCAGCUGUAACGACGUCAAUCGUGACUUUCAGUUUAUCUCCUCUUCUAUUCCCUAACGUUAAUCUUAUUUUCCUCCUUCACCUCUCCUAAGACAAGACAUCCAUACAAAAGCCAAGAGCUCAACCCUUUUUCAUUUGCAGCUUCGGUUGCUUUCUUUCGCUGUCUCGCUCUUGUCUCGAGUUGUGUCACAGAAGAGCUCCUAGACCUCUCGCUUGCUUCACGGCACCAGUAUUUUACAGCACGCAACCCCUGCAGUUCGUCCUGACCUGUAACGCACUAUAGGCUAACACGCUUCAAAGAACACAUUUGUUCCUCGUUGCCUCUUCUCGCGUAGCUGAAAGCUGGAGUCUUUGCUACCGUUCGCUUGCCAGUAUUGGCUCUCGUCUAUCGACUUCAUCAUUGAUUGAUUGCUUCGACCGCAGCGCGUGUCUAGCUUGUCAUCAUGGCCGAGUCCGCCGGCUCGAUCAUGAACGGCAACGGCCACAUCAACGGCAAGGCGAAUGGAAAGCCUGUCGCAGGUCGCCGAGCAUCAAUUAAGAAGAGAAGAAGUAUUUUUGCAUGGACUUUUAGUGUCGUCGCUAGACUCGCGACAUGGUUCGCCAUCUAUACAGUCCUCUUCCGAUGCCCACCCUCGCUCGAACAGUGCGACGAGAACACCCCGUCGAUUUGUAAACCCUACUUCCAGGUUAAGAACACCGUGCAACCUCACGUCCAACCAUACUACGACCACUAUGCAGCGCCCUACGUUGAGAUCGCCCGCCCAUACUACGAUACUGUCGAUAGCAAGGUCUGGCAGCCCACUCGCGCAUAUGCUGUUCAAUAUGGAGCCCCAUGGGUCGAGAAGGCGCAGGCGCAUACCCAGGCUUUGUGGGAGAAGAACGGACAGCCUCAGCUUGUCAAGUACCAGGCUCUUGUGCGUGCGCAUUAUGACCAAUCUGUUGGCCCUUACGUGAACCAAGCUGGCGAGAAGCUAGGCCCAUACUACGACAUCGCUCGCACCAAUGGUCUGCAGAUGUACUACGAGUACCUCCAGCCAGGCUAUGAAUUUGUUCACCCAUACGCCAUUCGAGGUUAUGAUGUAGCUUCCGACUUUACCACCAAGACUGCUCUCCCCACAGCUUACUGGACAUGGAACAAGACUUAUACCUUCCUUGACAGCAACGUUUGGCCUCACGUUCGAGCCGUCUACGUCCAGAACGUUGAGCCCCAGCUUGUUCGCAUCGGCGAGCGAUUGGGACGUUACAAGACCAAGACCACCAAGCCCAUCCAGGAAAGCUACUCCUCGAGCUACACCACUGGAACAACUGCCUCAUCUUUCCAGAAGCCUGCUCCUCAGAGCACUUCAUCUGUUCAAACAUCAUCAUCUCAGGCUCCCGUUGCCACUGAGAGCCCUCUGCCUGAAGUUGAAUCUGCUUCUCCUGACUACAUUAACCCUGUCCAGGCCCCUCCUCCCACCGAAAAUGAGAGUGAGAAACGACGAAAGGCUCGCGAAAUGGUGGCUCAGGACCUCGAGACUUGGCAGACAAAGUUUGCUACUCAAGCUGAUGAGGGUGCUACUGACUUGGAGGAGCGCGUUGACGAGAUUGCCAAGCGCAUGAUUGAGGAGAAUGUCAACAUUAACGGUCAGAAGCUCUUUGACGACCUUGAGACCACAAUUGAUCGAGAGCUCACCGGCCUUCGAAACAAGAUCGUUGAACUUGCCGGAACUAACGCGGAUGGUGCUGAUGUAAACCAACAGAUCGUCACUGCUGUGCGAUCUUCUGGAAUGGCCAUUAAGCAGAAGGCUCAGGCCAUUCGGCAAUGGCGCCAAAGCUAUGACCAGGAACUCCAGGAGACUGUUGUCACUGUCGCCGAUGUUCAUUUCCAGGUUCUUGACGAGACUAGAAACCUCGCCCUGCAACAGAUCGGAAUGAGGUGGGCCUGGACAGAUGGCAUCACUUACAAGGACUGGGCCAAGUAUCACGAGCUCAAGCGUACGCUCAAUGAGUGGACUGAGCAACUGAAGCAAUUGAUCGUUACCCACCCAGCUCUGCUCGAGGCCCAGGACGCCGCUGCACGAGUUGAGGACGAGGGAAUGGAGAUUGCCUCUGUGGCUGCUAAGGAGCUGGCUCGCCUUAAGGACAUUGCCCGCUACAAGGUUGCUGCCGGAGAUACAUCAGACAACUUUGACAUUGAGGCUUUGAAGCUUGCUGCCGAGCAGGUAGCAGCAGCUAAGCAAGCUGAGGCUCAGACCCCGGUUGAGGACGACAGUGCCGCCUCCAGCCUUUCAGAAGUCGUUGAAGAGGCAACCUCUCAAGCAGAGGAGGCCGAACAGAACUUGGAGGACUUUGUCGCUUCCAUUGCCGAGCCCAUCGAGGAGGAAGCAUCCGAAGUUGCCGAAUCUGCCAGCGAGAGUGUUUCCAGCGCUUCAUCUGUUUUCGACGAGCCUAACAUCAUCGAAAAGGCUACCUCAGCCGUUUCAAGCAGUGCCGAAUCCAUUGCCAGCGACGCCUCCAGCCUCAUUUUCGAAGGCGAAGAGAGUGCUAGCAGCAUUGCCAAGGAAGCCUCAGAGACUGUUGAGUCUCUAUCCUCCACUGCCUCCGAAUCCGCCGCCCCCGUUAUUGGAGAAGCGUCUAGCGAGCUCUCGGAAGUUGUCGAGUCAGCCACCAAUGUCGCAAAGUCAGAAGACAGCAGUAUGUCGACCCCCCUUGCCUCGGAAGCAUCUGAAGUGCUUAUCGGUGACACCUUUUCCGUAGUCAGCAAUGGUAGUGAAGAGCCCCUUGAGGCUGGUGACAAGGAGCCACUCGUCGAGAUUGAGGAGGACCCCCUGACCCACCGUGACGAGACGCCUCUCUCUGAACAGCAUGAGCAUGUCAAGCCUGCUUUCCUCGGUGCUGCGGCCCAAGAGGUCCCUCACCGACAGAUCGUUCUUGAUGACUAUGUUGAUACGGAUGCGAUUGCUAGCGCCACCGAUGCUGCGCAGUCUGUGUACUCGAACGCCGUUUCUCGUGCCUCAGAGCAAUACUCGAGCGCUCUCUCAGUCGUCUCUGCUCAGAUCUAUGGUACCCCUAAGCCAGUCCAUGAGCAGCUUCUCUCUUCUGUCUCCUCUUCUUAUGACCAGGCAGUCUCAGCCGCCGGUGAUCAGUUUGACAAGGCUAAGCAGGCCGCUACCACCGCCGCUCAGCAACUUCCUACCACCACUACCGUCCCUACCUGGCUCGACUGGGAGCGUAUUGAAUCCAUUGCUUCCCAGAGACUCAACGAAGGUCGACUUUGGGCCGAGAUCCAGUACCAGAGUGCUCUCAUCGCUGCUGGACUCGCCACACCUACGCCUUCUUCCGCCCCUGAAAAGUACUAUGAGCAGGCCAAGAUGAACUACUAUGCUGGCCUCGGUGCCGCCCAGGACCGAUACUCUAGAUUCCUGGCUGGUGCAUCUUCUGCUCUCUCUUCCCUAACCGCUACCCCUACUCCCACUGACCUUGCAGGAUCUGCCUCCUCUGUUGCUUCUGUGGCGAGGGAGUCCGCUGCUUCCGCUGCCCAGGCGGCAGGUGAAGCUGCAGGAUCUGCCUCCUCUGUUGCUUCUGUGGCGAGGGAGUCCGCUGCUUCCGCUGCCCAGGCGGCAGGUGAAGCUGCAGGAUCUGUUUACUCUGCUGCUGGCGACACCGUCAAGUCUGCGGCUCAGGUUGUUGAUGACUCCAUCUCUUCGGUCGUCGACGCUGCCAACGAGCAGAUCUCAGCCGCCGGCCUUGCCAUUGGUGAUUCUUGGAACAACAUUGUCGAGCAAAUCAGUGGCCAAGUUUACGGCGAACCUACCCAGAUCGCCUGGUACGAGCAUGUUUGGGGUGACGCCAGCUCGUAUGCCGCCAAGGCCACCGACGCUGCUGCUGACAAGGCAUCAAUUGCCUCUGAAGCAGCUGCUGCAUCCGCCGUCACCGCCUCAGCCGAGGCACUUAGACAGUACGAAUCCGUGAGCGAGCUUGUCUCCGAGCUCAUCAGCGGCAAGGAGCCCUCGUUCACCGAGAGCGUCCUGGCCCGAUUCCAGAGAGCCUACGCCACCGCUGCCGCCAACGCCGAAAGUCUCAGAAGCCAAGCCAACGAAGCUGCGGCCUCUGCCGCUGACAAGGUUGGUAGUGCAGCCAGCGAGGCUACCGAGGCUGUCAAGGAGACCUUCCAGCGUGCGAAGGACGAGUUGUAAACCCGACUAGGAGGAAACAUUCUUUUGGAACGAUACCCUAGAUGAUAUGACGAUCGUUUAAUGACAUGAAUGGUUGUGGGGGUGAUUAAAAAAAUGCAAGAAUGAAAUGAUAGGAGAAGGUGGAAAAGGUGCAGGACGCGAAAGACGAAGAAACAGUAAAUUUGCGGGUGCGUUUGAUGGGAUUUGGAUCUCAUUUGUGAUUGACGAUGACCGAUUGUUAUGUACUUUUAUGAUUGCUAGCCCUAAUUGAUGCUUCAAUAUCAUCUUAGUGUCCUUGUGAGUUCGAUGAUGUGAUGCC